GCAUCCAUGUUGCUGGUUACAAUGACAAGUCAGGUGUGACGGGUGUAGUUCUGAAACAGCGGCCCCACCCGUCCGUUGUCAGGUGCGCGUUUCCAAAUCUAUGCCGAAGAAGCGUGCGCACACAGCGUUCGGUGUCUGUUGCUGCAUAUUGAGUUUCCAAUUGCUUCUGCUGUGGAGUUGGCUCUCUCCGACGAGAGAGCUGAUUAUAUUCGCUGCUCUCCACUGUCUUGUGUCAGAGCACCGUGGUGUUCACAGGAAGUUACACGGUUUCAUUGGUGGCUCCCGGUUUUCUGCCCGUAGUUGCCAGUACUGCACGGUGUUUUAAAUGCAGAUAUGAUGUUUGAGUGAUUUGAUGAAGCAGUGAAGCUUGAUUCAGCCAGAUAAGCUGAAUAUGCCCCGAAGUCCAACAUCAAGUGAAGAUGAGAUGGCACAGAGCUUUUCCGACUCUUCAAUGGAAUCAGAAUCUGACAGCUCCAAAGAGGAAACCAUAUAUGAGACUAUAAAAGCCACCACUGAGAAGCCAGUCAGCAGAAUGGAAGACAUACAAAACAACACUCUUGUCAUCCGCAUUAUCAUGCCUGAUCUACAGCAGACGAAAUGUAUGAGGUUUAACCCUGAUGCUACAGUGUGGGUUGCUAAGCAACGGAUCCUGUGCACGCUGAACCAGAGUUUAAAGGAUGUCCUGAACUACGGCCUGUUUCAACCUGCCAGCAACGGACGAGAUGGGAAGUUCUUGGAUGAGGAACGGCUCCUUAGAGAAUACCCACAACCAAUCAACAAAGGAGUCCCAUCUUUAGAGUUCCGUUACAAGACGAGAGUCUACAAGCAAGCAAAUAUUGACGAGAAACAAUUUGCCAAACUGCACACAAAGGCCAACUUAAGAAAAUUUAUGGACCACGUACAUCAUUGUCAGAUGGAUAAAAUUAUCAAGAUGCUUGAAAGAGGACUGGACCCUAAUUACCAUGACCCAGAAACUGGUGAAACUCCACUCACCUUUGCAGCUCAUCUUGACAACACAGUAGAUGUCAUAAAAGCUUUGAAAAACGGAGGAGCUCAUUUAGACUUCAGAGCUAGAGAUGGGAUGACAGCUCUGCACAAAGCUGCUAAGUCAAAGAAUCAAGUGGCUCUUACGACACUUUUAGAAUUGGGAGCUUCCCCAGACUACAAAGACAGCCGUGGGCUUACUGCCUUGUACCACACUGCCAUGGUAGGGGGGGACCCCUAUUGCUGUGAGUUACUGCUGCACGAACACACCACUAUUAGCUGCAUGGAUGAGAAUGGAUGGCAGGAAAUCCACCAGGCAUGUCGUUAUGGGCAUGAUCAACAUCUGGAGCAUCUGUUGUUCUACGGGGCUGACAUGAGUGCUCAGAACGCAUCUGGAAACACUGCUCUGCACGUCUGUGCACUUUACAAUCAGGAUAGCUGUGCAAGAGUUCUCUUAUUCCGUGGAGCCAACAAGGAGAUUAAGAACUACAACAGCCAAACCCCAUUCCAGGUGGCUAUCAUAGCAGGAAAUUUUGAACUGGCUGAAUUCAUCAAGAAUCACAAAGAAACGGAUAUUGUGCCUUUCCGAGAGGCACCGUCUUACACCAAUCGACGGAGGGGACCCCAGAACACUCUGGCCGCGCCCCGAGUCUUGCUGCGCUCCAACAGUGACAACAACCUGAACAUCAGUAACAUCCCGGACUGGUCGGCCUUGUCCUCCUCAGCAGCAGCAGCAGCAUCUCCACACCGCAGCCUUUCCCCACAAUUGCUUCAGCAGAUGCAGAACAACCCCAAUGGCACUGUAAAGACAGUCGGGAGUGGCGGCAGGGGCCCUCGCAGCCGCUCGCCAUCAUUAAACCGACUGGGGGAGGAGGCCAAGAGGCAGCCCCACAGGCAGAUCAGUCCUAAUGCAAACCAGGAGGCACUGUCAGGGCUGGAUUACCAAGGACCCAAACGCAAGCUUUACAGUGCUGUGCCAGGGAGGCACUUUAUAGUUGUGAAGCCAUAUCAUCCUCAAGAAGAUGGGGAGAUAUCUCUAUACAAAGGCGACAGGGUGAAAGUUCUCAGUAUUGGCGAGGGAGGAUUCUGGGAAGGCAGUGCUCGGGGGCAUGUGGGAUGGUUUCCUGCAGAAUGCGUUGAAGAAAUUCAGACAAAGCCAAAUGAAAGUAAACCAGAAACCCGAACGGACAGAUCAAAGAAGCUUUUCAGGCACUACACUGUUGGAUCCUAUGAUAGCUUUGAUGCAUCAAGUGACUGCGUUAUUGAUGAGAAGACAGUGGUCCUGCAGAAAAAGGACAAUGAGGGAUUUGGAUUUGUGCUGCGAGGGGCCAAAGCUGAUACCCCCAUUGAGGAGUUCACCCCGACUCCUGCUUUCCCUGCACUGCAGUACCUGGAGUCAGUCGAUGAGGGUGGGGUGGCCUGGCAGGCGGGGCUCAGGACUGGCGACUUCCUCAUCGAGGUUAAUAACGAAAAUGUAGUGAAAGUCGGCCACAGGCAGGUGGUCAACAUGAUUCGGCUGGGAGGGAAUCACCUGAUUAUAAAGGUGGUGACUGUAAGCAGGAAUAUGGACCCAGAAGACACAGCUCGGAAGAAAGCACCUCCACCUCCAAGGAGGGCUCCAUCAACUGCAUUGAGCAUGCGGUCUAAGUCUAUGACCUCAGAGCUUGAGGAGCUAGUGGAUAAAGCCACCAUGAGGAAGAAGAAGGGUGAUGCUCAGCCUUCAAAUAUUGAGGGUCUGAAGAAGAGGAUUGUUUUUCAAGUCACACUAAACAAGGUGGAUGAAACCAUGCCUGCCUCUAAGCCUAGCAGAACUGGAGACAAUGUGUCAGUAGACAUGAGGGUUGCCACCAUUAAACAACGUCCCUCAAGCAGGUGUUUCACUGCUGUGACCGACAUGAAUUCAAUGCAUGAUCGACAGGGUAUUGCUGUGAUGCCUCCCACUGUCCCAGGAAGUCCUAGGAGCCCUUUCCUGGGGGUGCCGCGGGGCACCAUGCACCGGCAGAAAUCAAUAGGAAUAACAGAGGAGGAAAAGCAGUUCCUAACCCCGCCAUUGCUGAAAUUUACCAGGAGCUUCUCCAUGCCAGACACGUCAGAGGAUAUUCCACCUCCACCAGAAACCUCCCCACCUUCUCCCCCUUACAACACUCCCAAAUCUCCGACAACGAGAGGCUUUGGCACAAUCCGACCUGGCUUCACCCAGAACUCUUCACCCAAAGGCCCCACUUCCAACAGAUCAGAAAAUGUUGGGACCAUGAGGAGAGACAAAGGGAUGUACUGCAGACAAGAUUCUGAACAAUAUGACGCAGAGGAAACUUACAAGCAAAAUGCUUCUUCCCAGCAGAACUUCAGGAACCGAAGGGGACACAUGCCAGAAAACCCCUAUUCCGAAGUAGGGAAGAUGGGGAACAAGGCAAUGUAUGUGCCUGCCAAGCCAGCCAGAAGGAAGGGGAUGCUGGUUAAACAAUCUAAAGUGGAGGACAGCCCGGAAAAAACAUGCUCUAUACCGAUUCCGACUAUCAUCGUCAAGGAGCCGUCCACAAGCAGCAGUGGGAAGAGCAGCCAAGGCAGCAGCAUGGAGAUCGACACCCAAAUGACAGAACAGUCGGGGCAUCUCAGGCCUGACAGCUUGAAUUUCACCAGUCCAUUUGCAGCUGCCAUAGCUGGGGCAGUGAGGGACAGGGAAAAGAGACUGGAAUCCCGUCGGAACUCACCAGCUUUCCUUUCCACAGAUAUGGGCGAUGAGGACAUAGGGCCUACACCAACCCCAAGGCUCAAGCACUCCAAAUCCAUUGACGAAGGGAUGUUUAGCAAUGAUGAACCUUUAAAAAACCUGAUGACACCCGCUCUGCUAGCGCUCCCCCGAGAUAAUGUUACUGCCUUCGGCACUCCUGAACUGUCCCGUCCAAGGGAGCCUAGUAACACAAGGACAGGAAAUACUCCUUCUAAAGCUGAGAGUUCAGAGAACAGCACGGGAGCUAUCAAAAAUUACAAUACAAACGGAGGCAAUUAUGUGCAUCCAGUAACAGGCAAGGUGCUGGACCCUAAUUCACCUUUGGCUCUUGCUCUGGCCGCAAGGGACCGCGCAAUGAAGGAGCAAAUGCAGCCACCCCCUGCCAAAAAUGAGCCAGGGAAGGCAGACCUUAACAAGCCACUCUUCAUCGACACCAAAAUGAGGUCGAAUAUAGAGAACACCUUCCCUGUGAUGGCCACCAUGAGCCGGCCAACCAAGAAGGGAGGUCUUCGGAGGCAAAUGACUGAAGCCAAGUAUGACACAGAGCCAGCAAAAGAGGAGAAGAAGCCAGAGGAGAAAAAGAACAUGCUGAUCAACAUUGUGGAUACCUCACAGCAGAAGUCAGCAGGGUUACUGAUGGUACACACCGUGGAUGGAGUUAAAGCGGAGGAGAACAACCUCUCGGAAAAUGAAAAGGAGGAAGAGGCUGUGACUCCUGACAACGCACCAGCAGAGCUGCGAGACACUAACCAGGUGGUCACGGAAAACAAGCCGCAAGGGCUAAACCCCCAAGCCGCUGCAGCUCCUGCCAAAACCAUCAUCACUAUUAGCUCGGUGGACGAGCCGGUCGUUUUGCCCUUCCGUAUCCCCCCUCCCCCUCUGGCCUCAGUGGACAUCGAUGAGGAGUUUGUUUUCACAGAGCCCCUGCCUCCCCCACUGGAGUUUGCCAACAGCUUCGAUAUUGCAGAGGACCAAGCAGCAGCCCUCUCAUUAGCCGAUCUGCUAAAUCAGAGGAAAAACGAGGCAUCUGGCCCGACCUUGGCACCGUACAACCCUCAUGCGGUGGCAGCGGCUAAUGCGAUGGAAAACAAAAAGCCUGUUAGCCUCUCGAACUGUGUGCCUCCUACCUGUGUCCCACUGCCCCCCCAGAAUUUUGACAACGUCACGGACUCUGGGAUCGAGGAGGUGGACAGUCGGAGCAGCAGCGACCAUCACUUGGAAACAACCAGCACUAUCUCAACGGUGUCCAGCAUCUCCACUCUGUCCUCUGAGUGCGGAGAGAACCUGGACACCUGUACUGUCUAUGCAGAUGGGCAAGCAUUUCUGGUUGACAAGCCUCCCGUACCUCCAAAACCAAAAAUGAAGCCCGUAAUCAACAAAAGCAAUGCACUUUACAAGGAUGCCCUAAUUGAAGAAAAUGUUGACACUUUUGUGAUCCCUCCCCCAGCCUCUCCCCCACUCCUAGGAGGUGCUCAGGCAGAUGCUCUUAAAACCACACAGCAAAGGACCUCAAAGCUCUGGGGUGACCCACCAGAGGUACAAAGCCCACCUACCCCAGACCCCAAGGCCAAUAUCAUUAGUGAACUGAACUCAAUAUUGCAGCAAAUGAACAGGGACAGGACUACCAAGCCAGGAGAUUCUUUGGAUUCUACCACAGGGUCCAGAGCAACUAACUUUGGAGCAAGGGGUGCAGAUGGAACAGUUACUGCCUCAGGUACACAGCGGAACACAAUGGCUACUUUCACAGUCCAUCCAGGAUUAAACCAACCAGUGAUGGUGCAGAACAGGAACCCGGAUAGCAAGACAGGAACGAGAAGAGCACCCAGCCCCGUGGUCUCUCCAACGGAGUCGAUCAAGGAAGUGAGGGCUUCCUCCCUCCCGCCCUCGGCCUCCUCACCCACACUGACAGACGUCUUUGGCACCUCUGCCCCACAGACUCCCGUGGAGAGGUUCAGCCUGGGUGCAGGCCGCAGCAGGUCCCCUUCUCCUGCGACUUUAAUCCAGCCAGUUUCUAACAAGCCUUUUUCAACCAAGCCAGUCCAUCUAUGGACUAAGCACGAUGUAGCAGACUGGCUGGAAAGCCUCAAUCUGGCAGAGCAUAAGGACACCUUUAUGGACAACGAGAUUGAUGGGACCCAUUUACCAAACUUACAAAAAGAAGAUUUAAUAGAUCUAGGAGUGACUAGAGUUGGGCACCGAAUGAACAUAGAAAGAGCAUUGAAACUGCUUUUAGACAGAUAGGAAUGGGCGAUUCUUACCUGCAGGACUCCAUGCUUCAAAGUCCAUCCAUCGUUCAUUUGAUUUCAAGUGUGUAAUUAUAUUCACAUCGGUUCAUAUUGGAGUAUAGGAAUUAUCAUAUCCUUAAGAGCUACAAUUUGAAAUAAUUGUACAGUUCAUAAUAAGCACAAUAAUUCUAAUGAAAGUGAUUGGUUGUUACAUUGUGCAACCUUCCACCACUGCAGAGGGAAGAAAAAACAAACCCUGAAAUUCCUUUUUAGUGAUUUAAUAGAAACUUUUGCUUUGGAAUAAUAAGGACUUGUUAAUCAACUUUAUUUGGAUGCACCUGAACCAGCAGAGCUGUGCUACGUUUUCUAUCUUUGUUAGAAUUUCUUCAGAAUAAGGAUAUUUCUUCAACAAAAGGGUUAUAUUUAACAAUGCAAGCUGUUCAGAAAAUUGUCUCGCUCCUCACCUAUUUCUCGGGAAAGAAGAUCCAGCUCAAAUAUAUGCUAAGCCCAUUUAUUUUUCCCAGCAUUGGUGUUCUACUUGGGGGUAGAAAAAAAAAGGAAAAAAUCACUCCUUAAUAUUUUUGCAUCUAUUUCAACAAUUAUAGGGGCACAAUUGUAGCAGUUAUGUUUUCUCUUUCUCUUUUUUUCUGUUUUUUUUUUUUCAAUUAAGUAUAUUUAUUCAAGACAUUUGAGUGUCUGAAAAGUGUAAAAUGUAAAUUAAUCAUUACUGUCUUCCGUAAGAGCGCAGGUGAAUGAUAAAGAGUAGUGAACUCCAAGGGCCAUUUUUAUCACUUUGGUUUAAUUUUAAGUAUGACAUUUAAUCUUCAAAGAUGUGCCAGAAAACAUGUAUUAUAGUAACCAGAAUGGUGUUUUCUAGACAUUUUUGAGCCCCCCCCCCCCAAAAAAAAGCCUGAUCUGUACAUCCUAUUAUUUUUAGUCAGGCGUGUUGCUGGGUUCAGUGAGUAACCAUAUCCCUUUAUGAAAAGGAUCAUUUAGUUUUACGUUUUAAGUAUUAUUCUGUAAAGAGAUUUGUGAAGGCAAGAACUUUCUGAGAUUGUUGAUAAAGAGAGACCACAUACUAACUUUGCUUUAAAAAGAAGCUGAAUUAAAUUCUUCAGUGCAGCAUUAUAGAAAAUAUUGAUAAUUACAAUCCCAGUUCAUUUUCUUUUAGUAUUUUACAGUCCAAGUCAGAUUUACCUGAAAUCUCAAUCAAAUUAUUUAAGGCCAGGUACAGUAUCCGCUGUCAGUUGUCAGUCAGUCCUGGAGGAUAUACCUGCACUAUACUGUGCAGCUGCUGUGUGGUUAUGGAGUGAUCGUGAGAUCUUAUGAUGCAAGCCAAACAUGUAUAAAAAAUAUUGCGUUUGUUGAACUGAUGACUCAUCUUGACAAUAUUCUGUGAGUUCAAACAGGUUUUUACAGGAGAGAAUAGCAGCUAACAUGUUUCUGUUGAUAAACGAUUAAAACCACACUGACCUGAGCACUUUCAGGACUUUCUGAAACGUGAGGGGUCCGAGAUGCAUGGUGAUCCUCAGCUGUAUAUUCAGAUCACUGGCCUGUGAUAGAAUAUGACAUUUCAGUGGUUUAUAGUAGAUGCUCUUUGGCGAUCACACUUUCCUAACGUCUUUCUCAAAGAAUUAUGGAAGUGGAUUAAAUCGUUUUCUUAAUAUUUUUGACUUUUUCACAAGAUAGCUCUGACCCAAAUGAAUUAAAUCAGGCUUAAAUCACUGAAUAAUAAAUGCAUGAAAAUUCAGUCUCCGGGAUUGUCAGAUCUCAAACACAUUGCGUUGUAAAAGUUCACUGUCAUUGCAAAACCAGUUUACACACUGUGUUCAACUAAGGACAGAUUGUGUUAAAUAUAACACAAAGUGUGUUUUUCUUAAUCAGAGAUUUAACACAAAAUACGUAUUUUUUCUUAACACCUGUAUUUAUUUAUUUUAAGUGUCAUCAGGGUCAGUAAAGACCAUGUUUUUGUUAUUUCUGAAGAAUUGCAUGUGCAGGGCACAAAUGUAAACUGAUCAGUCCCCUUGAGCAUGCUGACCGGUGCUUCUAGAGUGUGGCGUCUUUAUUGCUUAAGCAACAGGGAUGCAAUGCAGAGUCCUUCAUCUCAAAACCAUACAGAUGUGACUUCUACAAUAGUUUUUACAUUUGUGCUCUUCAUUUGUGUGGUGCAAUGGAGAAGGAUACAGUUGUGGUUUUGAAUCUAUAAAACGAAAAAAAAAAAGACAUUUAUUAAAUAUAUUGCUUUUAUAUAUAAAAGCUCCUCCAGAAAUGCAGGAUGAAGCUAGUUGUUAUCUGAGCUGUUCUUUGAAAGCGUGCAGGGUUUUAACAGGCUGUGUUCCUUUUCCAGGUCUGAGACAACAGCAACUUUCAAACUAGUCCCUUCUGUGUGAAAAGUUUUCCUGCUGUAAGGGUGGGUUAAUCCAGGGGUUCCCAAACUGCAGGCAGCAGUCCAGAGUGGGCCGCGGAGAAACGACAUUCUAUGUAUUUUUUAAAAAUAUAUAUAACGAAAAGCAACAAUAAAAUACUAAUGAAUAAAAAAUCAGCUUCAAAUGAAAACAAAGAACAAUUUAGAUUAAGUUUAUUUAUAGGUUUAAGAAGUGCUAAUAGUGGACUGCAGUGCAUCAUGCAGCUGAACAGGUGAGCCUCAGGUAAUACGCAUUUGGGAGCCCCUGGGUUAGUCGGCUUUAUGUGAGUAAAGCUGAAUUACCCAUGUGCACUUUUAAUAUAUUGCUAAAAAAGAACGUUUUCUCCACAGUGACAUACUGGGUGUAAAAGUUGACAGAUGUAAACGACACCAAUCAUAACUUCUAUAAAUAUUAAUCCUGGAAAGAGAAUACAGCCCUCCUAUAAGAAGGUUUGCAAGAUAAGCUGCUAACUAAAUCAUUUUUAAAUAGAUCUUAUUUUAAAAACAAUAGAGCUUCAACAAAGCACAGUAUUUUUAAUGCUUUGUAGUAUAUUAUAUGGAAUAUUAUAAAGGUAUGUGGAACUAAUCGUUCUGCAUUCACUUUGAAGUAUGGUUUGCCAAAAAAAUAUAUAUAUAUAUAUAUAUAUAUAUAUAUAUAUAAUUUGAUUUAUGAGGUAUACAAUUUAGAAGCAAUAUUUGUAUUGAAAUGAUCAGCCUAGUCAUUAUUUUGACAUUUAUUAAUUCUCUCCCCAAAUGUUACAACCCCUAAUUUAAACUUUUUUUUUUAUUAAACACAUGACAAAGGUUGUGGCACAUUGAAGUAAAAUCACUGGUAAUGGUAAUUCACCUGCAUCUUUUACAUAUUGUAAUUACAAUUUUAAAAUUAAAAUUGCUUAGUAUGUGUAUAAUGUGUGUAUAAAUUACCAAAAUCUCACAGGAUGUAAAUUAUGUAUAACCUUCCAGACCCCUUUAUAGCAAAGGGUCUGGGCACAUUUUACGCUAACUUAUAUAUUUAAAGAAAAUGACUAGCUGUGACUGUUGACAAUUUGAUUUUUUUGGAAUUACAUAUCACUAAGCUCAUUUAUUUACGGAACUAAUUUUAGAGCAAAAUAGUGGAAGUGUUGAGUUCUAAAUAAAUGAACCAUCACCGAGUUGAUCUGGCAAUGAUUAUGUCUGUGUGUCACAAAUCUCAUUGCUAUCCUCUUAGAGAACAAUUUAAAUUUGGGUUCUUCUUUCUUUUACUGAUUCUUCAUAGAUAUUAAGAUGUUUCUCGCUCUAUUUUGUGUAAAGACCUGUGUUCAUGUUAUCUAUGUUGCUGUAAUUUUGUGCUACAAAAAAAAAUCCUCUUAUUUAGAUUUAAUUUAUUUAAAAAAAGAAAAAAGAAAAAAAAAAAGACUGCACUUUCCCCCAAAUCCUCAAUACUAUUGUAAGGCAACCAAAAUGACUGUAAGAAAUAAAUAUAAUAUUGCACUAUGGUUGUAUUCCUUUGCUAACUUUUUGGGAACAGUUCAUCAGAAACACAAACAAACAAGGUACGUUUUAAUAAUUAAAUAAGCAUUUCUUGAAUAAUGAAAUACUUACUUUUGUUCAAGAGUAAUUAUAAUAUUCAAUGUACAGCAAUCUUGGUGUAAAUAUAUACCAGUAUUAUGAGUUUGCAUUUAAUUUUUCAAUAGCUACCACAAGCAUCUUUAAAAGGCAUAUUAAAUGUUAAAUACAGUGCAUUCAUACAAGAAAGUUCCCCAUUACACUAUACAAAAUACUCCAGUCUCUGUAUAAUUAAUCAUCCAAGCACUUUCAGUGUCAGAUAUUGAUAGGGUCUCUUCAGUGUAAAGAAUAUCACUAUAAAAACACAGCUUGACAUAUAUCUGUGGAGCCAUGCUGUGAUCUAUUCAAGAAGAACGCCUGGGAGAAGUAAGCUUGAUUACUUGUCUUGGGUUGUAAUACAGCGAAAGGAGGAAAGUACAUAGUCUUCAUAGUUUUUGACUUGCUGUGUGUGAUCGCUUACAAGACUUUUAAAAUCAGAGCCUAUUUAAAAAAGCUAAAACCUUAAAGAUGUAUUUAAAGCUGCAGUGUCUCAGCCAUGGUCAUGUUCACACAUAAAAUGUGUGUGAAUGUUUACUCAGGCCUCUGUGCAUUAUCUAAAUCCACAGGCACACACCUCCUCAGCAGGGGAGUUGAGCCAGAGGAAAAGGGCCGUGUUACAGAAAUAACCAUGCACAAAAUCAUACAGAGGUUUGUGCAGGGAAGCCCUUACAACAGGGGUCUCCAACCCUGGUCCUGGAGAGCUACUGUGGCUGCUGGUUUUCGUUUCAACCAAUCUCUCAGUUACUUAAUAGCUUAAUUAGUCAGGAUUAUUAUUAUUAUUAUUAUUUAUUUCUUAGCAGACGCCCUUAUCCAGGGCGACUUACAAUUGUUACAAGAUAUCACAUUAUACAUUAUUAACAUUAACAGGUGUUCCAGAUCUUCAGCCACUGAUGAUGUAAAGACACCUAUAAAACCUGCUGGAUAGGGGCUCUCCAGGACCAAGGCUGGAGACCCCUGCCUUACAAGAUACAAUGGAAAAGCAUAGGCCCAGUUAACAUGGUGCUCGCUGCAGGACCAGCCUGAAGCAUAUCAAGAAAAUAGACUAAACUGUGGAGUUCAGGAGGCCAUAUUGGUCAUUAAUCUUGUGAAACUACAGAUACGACUCAAGGCGUUUCUGUGACCCAGUACAUCUGUACGUACGACAACAUUUUCGAAUGGAUUUACAGCCUUAUCAAAAACAGAGAGUCUGUGCUCGAAGCUGCUACAGUUUUGUCAUAGACUGGAGUGCGACUGUGCCUUGCUGGGACUCGUGCUUGGCCAGUUUCUCCUUGUAUUCAAAGCCCAUGGCAGCUUUGUCCUGCCUCUCCAUCUGAACACCGUACUUCCCUCCGAACCCUUUCUUAUAAUCUGAAAAAACCACAAGCCACAGCAAGGGAGAAAAGAUUCAACAGAAAAAACAAAAUGACAAUCUGUAUUUUUAGAUCGAAUCCACCUUCAUUUGUAACAUCAACGACAGCAGUAUGUGAAUUCAAAAGGAUGAUGACAUCAUUAAAUGUUCCCAUUUAAUAAAGAUGAACCUUGCACCCAG